GGGAACACGAACGAGCACCAAGAGAUGUCACAAGCACCGGACGAUGACGACAGUGAUGUGAUUAAUCUCUUCAAGAGAGGAUCCGAUGACGAUUUUGACUCGACUGAGUGGAUUGAUGCUCUCUUGACUCGAGCUAUUCAGUCACCAGGGCCAAGAAUGCGAUCCGCUGUCGCUUCUCCAACCACAGUCGAUGAUGCAGAGAAAGAGCGUCGCAAAGCUCUGCUCGUCGCCAUUCUCACCCGAAGCCUGCAGAGGCUGGAGGAGUGGAUGAGCGAGUUCGCCAACAAGCCGGACGUGAACUUCACUGUCGGCAGGGACCGCUACACUCCUCUGAUGCUCGCGGCGAUGCGAGGGGACAUGGAGGUAGUGAGGAUCCUUGUGGAGAGGUUGAAAGCAAACAAGCAUGCGAAGACAUACCGCGGCGACAAGAGCGCGGCGGACUUGGCGGAGGACGAGGAGAUAAAGAGAUACUUGUCGGCUUGAAGGCCGAGGAGAACGUCAGAGCCAAUAAGUCCUUAACUUCCUCCUCCAUUGCGUUAUUCCUGUAUGCUUUGACAUGCUCCUAAGAUGUAAACCGGCAUGCAAGAACAGCCUGUCCCUGUAUCCAACAGCCUCCUUCCUAAACCCUUGCGUAACUGUUCUCUGUUCCACAUGUCUCCACCAGAUGUCGGAUGGGAUGGUCACAGUCUCAGCAGCCCUCCUCCUUAGCCUUGUCAUCUUCUCUGAGAUCGAUCGAGCAGACGCGCAGGUGAAGGAAUAACAUGGAACAACCUGC